CCGGGCCAGGCCCGCCCCUUCCUCCGCGCCGCGCCCGCAGCCGCGAUCGGGAUCCGGGAGCGGCUCCGCCAUGCCGAAACACGAGUUCUUCGUGGACAUGACCUGUGAGGGCUGUUCCAAUGCAGUCACCCGUGUCCUGCACAGGCUGGGAGGUGUCAACUUUGAUAUUGACCUGCCCAACAAGAAGGUGUACAUUGACUCAGAGCACAACGUUGACACCCUCUUGGAAACCCUCAAGAAGACUGGAAAGAAUGCUUCCUACCUUGGGGAGAAGUCUGCACAGUAGCCUUGCCUGGUGUGAGGAGCUAGGAACGCAAUCAUGACUUCAGCAAAAAGAUGGCUUAACAGUCUGCAUGUGUCCCAGCUUGCUGUGUCAUUUGACCUUUGCCAGAUGUCAGAAAGCAGAGGGCUGGCAGGAGGAGACAGCUGGGCCUUGUUCUCCAGAAGUGGAGAGGGCUGGGGGAGGAGGUUGUGUGGUGUUUCUAGUCCCACAGUAAAUCAAGGCACUGCUUUUAA